AGCGAUCCUCCCUGGCCCGUCGUCUGCAGAGCCGAUCGCUGCUGCAUCCCGCCGCUUGCGCCUGCUCCGUGCAUGCUCUUGCCUCCCUGAUCACUCGGGCAUAGCCUAAUCGCUGGCGCUUCUGCCCUUGCCCCUCCAGCGGACAUUCUCGGAUUGCCCCCGGUCCCGCUCGUCCAUCGCCUGGACAUUUCCUGACCCAGACACACCCAGACACACCCAGUCACCCAGCGCCCCGCUCUUUGAACCAUCCUAUAUCUGCACACCAUGCGUGCCGCCGCCCUGAUUAUGUCGCUUGGCUUUGCCUCGCUAUCAAGUGCCCAGAUCCUGUCCUUUGCGAGCAUCACAGGCAACCUGCCCACCAACCCCGUUGUGCCGCCCACUUCGGUUGCGGCUGCCACUUCAGCGACCUCGGCUGCCUCUGUCACCGGUUCUGCGUCCGUCACUGGCUCUGCAUCCGUCACGGGCUCAGCAUCCGUUACGGGCUCAGCCACAGCUUCGGCCGCCGUCCCGAGUGCCUCGGUCCCUGUCAUCACCACCCUUCCACCCGUGAACAACGCCGAUCUGUCACAGGGCCAUACGGAUAACCCGUCAACAAUUGCAGGCCCCCAGAUGUAUAUUACCGUCGCCUACUUCAACGACCCCACCACAAAGGACACUGUGGAUCUCAACACCUACACCGCCAAAUUUGCGCCUCCGAACGGACAGGGUGCUCAAACCCCUCUCAUCAUCCAGGUCAACUCCAACUCUUGCUACGGAGUCGUGAAUAAAGCCCAGCUUGUCGACCCUACCAAGAACUACGGCAGCUGCUACAACUCCCAAGGCUUGCUCCUCCCUAGCGAUGCAACCCAAAUCUACGGAGGGAAAACCGGUCUUGACACUUUCAUCUUGAUCAAGGGCAAGCGCGGCACCUCGGGCUUUGCGCAGUAUGAUCUGACUGCAGAGGCUGCCGCCCAAGUACCCAACUACCUGCAAAGCGGCGUCUUCUAUCUCAGCAAUCCCUUCCGGUUCCCCACAGACUACUAUACCUUCUUUGCUCUCGUCCAAGUCCAGAACGAUGUCUUUUGGGGCUACAGUGUGACCUUCUUGAUCAAGAAUGUUCAGCCCGUUCCCUCCACCGGUGCUCUUUCGCUGAUCGCGCCCCAGCCCGGAUCGGUGUGGCUCGCCAACUCGUCCUACAACAUCCGCUGGACUCUGGACCCCAAUACCGUCUCGAUCCCCGACACAGUCACCUACGAGCUUCUCAGCGCCAGCACCAACCAAACCCUCACCGUCAUUGCCUCGGGAAGCAACGUCUUUUUCGCCGACAACUCCACUGGCAUCAACACCAACGCCACUGAGUGGAGAAUCGAUCCCAAGUAUGCCAACAACCGAUACCGGCUCCGCCUCACUGCCAACAAGACCAACACCCCUAGUUUCCCGGCAUAUGUCGUCGUCUCGGACGUCUUUGCCAUCGGUCCUGCCAACCCCGCUGGAUUCAACAACCCCAACCCCCCUUCGGCCUUCUCGAGCGACUCGAUGAGACUCUCUGCUUCCUCGCUGGUGCUCGCCGCCGUCACUGGCCUGCUGGUCAUGCUCCUCUAAGCCAAUGUUGUACUCGCUCGGGACGGCCUUCUGAGCCUAGCUCGCAACGCUCAGAUACUGCAAAGAGUGUCUGCGCGUCCGAGUAAUCCACGGGCCAUCUAUCUGUUCUUAUUGUACGUAUUCCUUGGAAUGUAAUCCGUUCCCACACUUUGCAGCUCGUCCAAGAGGGCGGCGCUGUAGCUCUGGUCCUCAAUACAAGGCCGACCGGUUGGUGGCGCAAUCGCCUGCUUGGUCUUGCCAACAUUGCACGCA